AACCCAAUAAAUAUUGUGCAACUACGUAUCUGGUGCUCCAGCAGUGGCAAUUGUGAUCUCAUCCUUCAAAUAAAGCACAAAGCUGAUUUCGGACUAAAUCAAAGGAAUCAUGGAGACUGUUUCAGAAACUGGUGUUUCAAAUGACUGUCAGACGAAUCCAGAAUUGAGUGAUAAGCAGAAGAAGAGAUCAGGAAAAAAGAAGAGAAAAUCGAGGAAACCGGAAGAUGAGUUGAAGAAUAAUGAUUCUCAUAUCAGUAGCCAAAUUGGGAACGCAGAUGAGGCCUUUUCAUCUCAAGAGAAAAAAGAAGGGGAAGAAGAGAAAUCCACCAGUGAAGAUCAUGUUCAGUUAUCCGAGAAUCUUUUGUCUUCAUUACCUGCAGAGUCCUGUCAACGAGAUUCAAUCUCAUGUGAAGAGCCUGGAGCUACACUAUAUCAUACAGAUCCAGUCAUAUGUGAAGAUUCUCUACCAGAUGCUAAUAGGAAGGUUCCAGUGGAAAAAAAAUCAAAAAGGAGAGAGAAGAAGAAGACAGAGGACGCUUCCUGUGACGAGAAAAUGUUGGUUGAUGCAGAAAAAAUCACCAACAAAGACCAAGUUCAUCCACCCAACAAUCCUUUGUCAAACGGUAUAAUACAAGAAGGUUCACAUGAACACACUCAGGAUUCAUCUGAGAAGCCUGGAGCGGCACAACUUUGUACAGAUCCAAAUCUGUCAACCUGCGAAGAUUCACAGCCAGAUGCUACUAAUAUGACUAGUUCCCCGAAAAAAAAGAGAAAAAAGAAGAGGGGUAGAAUUGCGCUGAAGGAAAGUGGUGCUGAUACUUAUAGUACCAAUGCAGAGGUUGCUGUAAAAUACAAUUCUAUUACUGAAGCUGAAGGAUCAAGAUCGAUGAGUGUAGAGGAAAACUCCAUUGCUAGUAAUCUCGGAAAAGCUAAAGAGAAGGAAACAGAUGAAAACACUGAAGUCAAAGAGGACGUUCUUGGAGCAGGUGUAUGUGAUGUAAGGAGCAAAAAACGGAAGAGAAAGAAGAAGAAAGCAUCAUCUGCAGAUCACAAAACUGCAGAUAUGGAGGUCUGUGAGCCAUCAGGAUCAGUAGAGUGUUUGUUGGAUCCUUCCAACGAAAAAGUCAUGCAAAAUUGUGAUGAGAAUGGCAGAAAAGAGUUUGGGGGAGAGGAUAAGACAAGUAAAAUUGAAGAAUCUGCAACGAGAGAGAAAAGCGAAGUUCAGAAAUCUGGAAAACGUAAAGAAAUGACAAAAGAUGAAAAUAUUGAAUCUAAUCAGGAUGCACUUGGAGCAGAAGAUAUUGCCAGUAAGGAUUUGGCUAGUAACAUUGAAGAUUCUGCAAGUAAGGGGGAAAGUGUUCAGGGUGUUAAAAAUACCAAAAAAAAGAAAAAAGAUAAAAAGGGAAAAGUUGAUCAGGAUGCCUUGGGAGCAGAAGAUGUUAGUAAGGUUGAGGUCACAACAAAGAAAAGCAAGAAGAAGAAAAUUUUAUUAGAUCAUAAAACUGACAAUAUGGAGGAGGACAGUCAAAAGGAAAUUGAGAAUAAGGGAGAAGUUGAUCAGAAUGCUUUGGGAGCAGAAGGUGUUAGCAAGGUUGAGGUCAAAACAAAGAUGAGCAAGAAGAAGAAAAAUUCUUUAGAUAAUAAAACUGAUGAUAUGGAGGAGAAGGAUGAUGUUUCCUUACCUAGUAAAGAUGCAGAAUCAGAAUUUGACAGGGAAAAGCUUGAAACGUCUUUGUCAAGUUCUGUCUUAAUACAAAAUAAUGUGGCUCAAGUAGUUGCUUCAUCAGAAACUGGAGAUGUACCUAGAUGCUCAUGUGCAGGUCAACGUACCAGAAAGUUGGUUGUAUUUGAUUUGAAUGGAAUCCUUGCAGAUAUUGUUCAGGGGUUUACAGGUCCAUUUGUUCCAGAUGGUAAAGUAUCAUACAGAUCAGGUAAGAAAGAAUCAAUUUCAAUGUGGUCACUUGACCAGAACAAGUGCACUACAACGAAGUUUAAAACUCAGGAGAAUAACGAUAAACCUCUGUUCCUCAAGGAUCUACGAACAGUAUGGGACGGUUUUGGGACAUGCACCAGUUGUGGAAAGCGAAAGUACGAUGAGACGACAAGGCCUUGUCCACACACUGGAAUCCCGUACCAGUUCACAGACCGUCAAGAUUCUGCAUUGGGACGUGAGGGUGAGCUAAGGAAGUAUCUUGAAAGAUUAGCAGAUGCAGAGAAGGUUCAGAAGUUUGUAGCGGAGAAUCCAUUCGGUCAGACUGCCAUAACUGAGACACACGAGUCAUGGGAGUUUUACUCUAAGGUCGUCGAGGCACAUAAAAGGGACGAGUUUAAAAGGAUAGGACUUGUUGGAUCAAUCAACAAGAUUGGCAAAACUGAAGGUUUGAUGGGUUUCUACCGAGGGAAUGGUGCAAGUGUUGCUCGGAUAGUUCCCUAUGCAGCCCUUCAUUACAUGGCUUAUGAGGAAUACAGGAGAUGGAUCAUCUUCGGUUUCCCAGACACUACUCGAGGCCCUUUACUUACCCUCUUGACCUGGUCCGGACAAAGCUCGCUUAUCAAACUCAUAUGGAAUUCAGCAGUGCAGGUUGUUGGUUCAGCAAAGGCGCAAGUAAAAGCUAUUCCCUUGGAUCAAAUCGUAUACAGAGGAAUUGUAGAUUGUUUCUCGAGGGCAUACACAGAAUCUGGAUUCCGAGGCUUAUAUCGUGGUGUAGCUCCUUCUCUGUAUGCGAUCUUCCCUUAUGCUGGUUUGAAGUUCUACUUCUACGAGGAAAUGAAAUGCCAUGUCCCUGCUGAACAUAAGAAAGAUAUUUCCCUGAAACUCGUUUGUGGGUCAGUUGCUGGAUUGCUUGGUCAGACCUUAACAUACCCUCUCAAUGUUGUCCGGAGAAAAUGCAGGUUGAGAGACUAUAUUCAGCCGUUAAGGAAGAUACAAGAAGAGGAACAAUGCAAACCCUUUUCAAGAUUGCAAGAGAAGAAGGUUGUACCUUCCCUGGCAAUCGGCUUCACAGUGUAUGAUAUUAUGAAGCUGCACUUGAGAGUCCCGCCGCGAGAGGAACCUGAGGCAGAAGCUGUGACGACACGGAAAAGGAAAGUUUUCACCUAAUUCUAAGAUCAUCAUAUGAUCUGAUUCUUUGUGGUGUUUAAAACCUCAGAUUAUUUAUAAGAGAUUGUACAUUCCAUUUUUUAGUAGAGGAAAUUGAAGCUAACAUUCCUCCAAGUAAACUGUGUCAAGGACCUCUAUGUAAAUACAGAAUUGCUUAUAGU